UCCAGCAGAUGUUAGGAAACAAAAAGGAAGUUUCGCCAUACAAGUUAAACCUUCUUUUAGGUGGACAUAUGACAAGGUAUGCCUGUGGAAGGCGGCUCUUAGGGAGGUUGCCGAUUUGUCCGGUUUCACUCUUUCAGGUCCUGAAACAAGCAUUUUGAAGGAAAUUAUUGAUGUAAUUUACAAUAAGUUAGAUCGCAAAGAAGUUCAUCUUCCACUCAAUAUAACAGGGAUGGCAACUCGUUAUAAGGAGAUCAAAUCCUGGUUAGAUGAGCGAAAUCUAGAAUUUUUAGCAAUUUAUGGUAUGGGUGGAAGUGGUAAGACAACAUUAGCCAAACAUAUAUUCAAUUUAAAUCGGAGAACUUUUGAAUAUGUGAGUUUUAUUGAAGACAUUGGUACUAGAUGUAAAGGACCCAAUGAUUUGCUUCAACUACAGGAACAACUUCUUAAAGAUAUUUUAGGAGGAAAAAAGAGAAAAAUAUCAGGUGUUUCUCGAGGUACGUGCAUGAUUGGAGAUGCUUUGCAAAUGAAUAGGACGCUCAUUGUUCUUGAUGACAUUCUUGAACCUACUCAGUUAGUGGCUUUACUUGGAACUGGGAAAAUCAAUGCACAAAGCAAGAUUAUAAUUACAACUCGGGAAAAUACAGAUAACUGGUUUCACUUGUCAUGUUGGAGGUCAAGGUGUCAAAAGAGGAUGAUAAUAUGUGGCUUUUACAAAAGGCUGCACGACUCUGUGAAGGAAAUCCACUAGCUCUUGAAGUGUUGGGUUCAUCUUUGUUAAAGAACGAUACCAUCCCGUAUUGGGAAAGUCUGUUGAGUUUAUUUGGAAGAGAUAUCGAUUCUCGAAUUAAAGGUGUACUCAUAAGAAGCUACAUGUCAUUGCCAAGUGAUACCGUGAGAGAAUUGUUUUUGCAUAUUGCUUGUUUCUUUAUUGGCAUAGACAUGGAUUAUGUGGUAAAGAUAUUGGAGCCUGAUUACUCAGCAACAUCCGGGAUCAAAACCUUAAUUAACAGAUGUCUUCUUUCUGUUUCACGAAACAAAAAACUCAUGAUGCAUAGAUUGAUUCAAGAGAUGGGGAAAAACAUAGUCUGUCAAGAAUCAACAAAACUCCCUUCAAGGCGCAGUAGGGUGUGGCUUAGCAGUGACUCUUAUAAGAUAUUGAGCAAAGGAAUGGGUUCAGAAACAAUAGAGGGUUUAGCACUUGACAUGAAAACUCUGCAGAAGGAGAAUUUUGUAUUCAUGUCAACAGAACUUAAAACAGAUGCGCUACAACAUAUGGAUAACCUAAAGUUGCUCCAGCUAAAUUAUGUGAAGCUUAAUGGAUCCUAUGAGAAGUUUUCUGAAGAUUUAAAAUGGCUCUGUUGGCUUGGAUUCCCUUUAAGUGCCAUACCCUCCAAUUUAUACAUGAGAAACUUGGUGGCUAUAGAUAUGAGCUAUAGCAACUUGGAAGUAUUUGAACCCCCUAUGGUUAUUCACUCAUUAAAGAUUCUAAAUCUUAAAGACUCGCACAAACUACUUGAAAUCCUCAACAUCAUCAGGAUCCCUAAUCUUGAAACGUUAAUUCUUUGGAACUGUUAUAGUUUGGUUAAUGUUUGUAAGACCAUUGAAGGCCUUAAAAGUCUUGCAUUAUUGAACAUGACAGGGUGUAAAAACCUAUUCAGGUGCGUAAAUCUGUCAGCAGCUUCUACUUCUGGUGCAGUUGUUACCGAACAACCUAUUUUUUCCUGUCCGUCUUCAGUAAAUCGGUUAUUCCUCAAUGACUGCCAUCUGGAAUGUACCAAUUCUUUUCCUUUGAAUUUCAGUGUUCAACCAGUUUUGCUGUAUUUGAAUUUAGGCAAUAGUCUAUUCGAGUCCUUGCCUUGCUAUAAUCAUCUUGAAAAUCUUCGGGUUCUUGACCUGAGUUUUUGCUCUAGACUCAGAUGUCUUGUAUGUCUCCCUAAUACACUUGCAGAAUUGUAUGUGUAUGAAUGUGAGUUACUAGAAAGAAUAACUUUCCAAUCACCUCGAUUUACUUUGCAAGAGUUCGGUUAUGAAGGUUGUAUUACUUUGUAUGAAGUUGAAGGCUUUAUCAAACUAGUACCCAUAGCUAAACUUGAUGAACCUGACUUGGGACACAUGAACUGGCUAAAAGUAUAUCAAAACCACGAGAUGUGCCUUGCUGGUGAUGAUGAGCUCACAAUAGGCAGAAGUUGUCAUAUCCAGAUGUUGUACGAAUUCAAUAUUAUGAGCACCUCUCUGCCAGAUAUAAAGGAGGAUCCGAACAUGACACCUAAGUAUAUAUCAAAAUCAUCUUCUUUGCUCUUUGAUGUGCCCAGGUGUCCCAAAAAUAAGAGGCUCAAAGGAAUUAAUGUAACUUUCAAGUACGCAAGAUCAGGCGAAGAUUGUGUAUGGUUCUGUAAAAUCAAUACGGGCAAUGGUGUUGAUGUGAUAUACAACCCUAGAGUCUUUGGCAAACCUGAAUCUGGUAAAGAAUGUAUAUGGUUAAGCUAUUGGCCAAUUGGAAACAAACUGAACGUUGGAGACACUGUUCAUGUCUCUAUUGUUGUGUUUAACGGAUUGGAGGUACAUGAAUGUGGUGUGAGCAUGGUGUACUCUGAUGUGGAAACAGUGGAAGAUAACAUGGGAUGGGAAGAAAUUAUAGGAGGAGAUUUGUCUGGAUUUCAACUAAGCACAGGAUCGUACUAUCUUUGUCGGCAUGAUUUCUAUUCGUUAAUGGAGGUUGGUAGAUUGACUCCUGAUUGGUUUAGGAUAUUAGUUGGUGAUACCAUUGACUACACUGAGAUAAGAGGAUGGAGAAAGACGGGUCGACCAAAACAGGUGAAUCCGUCAUUUACAGAUUUGAGAACUAUUAGAUGUAUCAUCCAUGGUCCUCAACUGGAGGACAUUUACAAUAUCGCAGAGAUGUCCAAAUCAUCUAUUGGUGAUAAAUCCUUGGUGUUGAAUUCACGCUUGCUUGAGGAGGAAAUGAAAACUGGCACUAGAUCUGAUGAAACAAUGGAGGAAAUUUACAACAAGCAGGAAAUUAAGUCUGGUCCUGAGACCAUUGGCGAUUUCAUAUCUACUUUUGAUAAGAUAACGAUCAAGAAAUCUGAUCCUUACUCACAUAAACAGACAGAGAGGAGUCUGCGCGUGCCUAAAGCAUUUGAUUCUGAUGAGAUUAAGGAUUCUGAUUCACCCCCACACAGGGAGUGGUUGAGAUCAGUGGCUGAAAAUGAAGCUAGUGGUGGCCAGGAACUAAAGGACUCAAGUUCUCUAAUCCAUGCCAUUGGUCGUGACAACUCGAUCAGUUGUCUGCUCAAAUGCUCAAGAUUCGAUUACGGUUCAAUAGCAUCCCUAAACCGAGAAUUUCGUUACCUAAUUAGCAGUGGUAAACUCUAUAGAUUAAGAAGAGAAAGCGGUAUUAUCGAGCAUUGGGUUUAUUUUUCUUGCCAUUUGGUCCAAUGGGAAGCUUUUGAUCCUUUUAAACAGCGUUGGAUGAAUCUGCCCACAAUGUCAUCAAACCCAUCUUUCCAAUUUUCUGAUAAAGAGUCUUUGGCUGUCGGGACCGAGUUACUUGUGCUAGGGAAAGAAGUAGUUGAUCAUGUAAUAUAUAAGUAUAGUUUAUUAACUAACUCGUGGUCAUUUGGGCAGUUAAUGAAGAAGCCCAGAUGUUUAUUCGGGUCUGCGAGUCUUGGUGAGAUUGCAAUUGUAGCUGGUGGGAAAGACCCGAAUGGAUAUACUCUAACCUCUGCUGAACUUUACAACAGUGAAUCGGGUGUUUGGGAAACACUUCCAAACAUGCUUAAACCAAGGAAAAUGUGUUCUGGGGUGUUUAUGGAUAAUAAGUUCUACGUAAUUGGAGGAAUUGAUGAGACCGGGGAACCGUUGACUUGUGGUGAAGAAUAUGAUAUGGGUACCCGGGUAUGGAGGAAAAUCCUGAAUAUGUCACCAGUGAGAGCUGGUGGUGCCGCGUCAGCAACUAAGGCACCACCAUUAGUGGCUGUUGUAGAUAACGAAUUGUAUGCUACAGAUUAUGGGGAUAUGGAAGUUAGAAAGUAUGACAAAGUAAGGAAAGAAUGGGAAACAGUUGGAAGUUUGCCUGAACGGGCUGAUUCGAUAAACGGUUGGGCUAUCGCGUUUAGAGGUUGUGGUGAUCGGAUUAUUGUUCUUGGUGGGCCUAGAACUAGUGGAGCUGGGUUUAUAGAAGUGAAUUCAUGGGUCCCGAGAGACGGGCCGCCUCAAUGGACCAUGCUCGGGCGUAAACAGUCGAGUAACUUUGUGUACAAUUGUGCUGUUAUGGGCUGCUGAAUGUGUUCUUCAUGCGUAAACAGUCGAUUGACUCCUGAUUGGUUACUCACAUGAGCUACUUGCGCUUGGGGAAAGAAUUCGAAAUGUAUGCAAGAAUCUAUUUAUUGUUCUUCGGACCAAAUGCAAGAUGAAGGAACCUGUGCCAUCUGCCUGGAAGAGUAUGCAAACAUGGACGAUGUAGGCAUGCUACGAGUUUGCAGGUGUUAUAAUAUACAUUAUGAGAUGUUGAUAUUUGGAAAGCAUCAAUUGAUGGUGAGAUGGAGCUUAUAUUGAAAGGUCAUAUGUCGAGCUAGUCGGAUCGACCACGGGGUUACAAGCAUUUGGGUUGCAAGUAAUUGAAACAAUUGAAAAGCUAAUUUAAACUUUCACCUAAUCAAUGACAAAGUAGUUGUUAUGAUGAAGUUUGUAAAACUUGACCAUGGUGGGCCAACUAAGUCCUUUUCACUAAGUCAAUUUAUAGAGUUGAUGAGUGUAAUCACUUGGUAAGAUAUCAUAUUUUUAUGAAAGUUAA